AUGCAAAGGUGGCGUCUCAAAAGGAAAGCUGGCGACUCUUCCGGAGAUUCGACGCCAACGUCGAAGAGAGCAGCAAAAACACGGAGAUAUAAACCGACGUAUCUCUCUUUCGGAUUCACGCACGAUGGAGACGAAUCCGAGCCUCGGCCUUUGUGCGUGGUGUGCAACGAACGCCUGGGCAACGGAAGCAUGCGUCCAAAUAUGUUGCUCCGGCACCUCCGGGGUCGACAUCCCGACCUCACGGAAAAACCGCUGGUAUUCUUUGAACGAAAACUGACGGAGAUGACGAUUGCCCAGACGAAAUUGACGAAGUUCACGAAACUAAGCGAGAAGGUGAUGCUCGCUUCGUAUCAAAUAAGUUGGAGAAUCGCAAAGUGUGGCAUGGCGCACACAGCAGGUGAAAACCUUGUUCUACCCGCUAUCAAAGACGCGGUUUCCAUUGUGCUCAACGAGAAAUAUGUGAAAGAGAUUGAGUCGAUACCGCUCUCGAACGACACGCGAAGUACUUUCUUUGCAAUCCAACUCGAUGAGUCCACCGACGUUGAAGGCCUUUGUCAGCUGCUCGUGUACGUUCGGUACAUCCAUGAAGAUGCUGCUCAUGAAGACCUCUUAUUUUGUGAACCCAUCACCAGGGGGACGGGCCAAACGAUAUUUGACGGAAUCGAUUCAUACGUGAAGAAGAAGUGCCCGGAUUGGACGAAAUGUGUGGGAGUGAGUACGGAUGGGGCUCGGGCCAUAUGCGGGAAAACAAAUAGUGCGAUUUCUCGAAUCCGUCGUGUAAGCCCGGGGGCUCUGUUCACCCACUGUUGCAUCCACAGAGACGCUUUAGUCUCAAAGAAGAUCCCUGACGGAUUGCGCCAAGUCUUGGACUCAGCGAUCAAAAUUGUGAAUUCCAUCAAAACGAAGCCUUUGCAGUCUCGUCUCUUCGCCAAACUAUGCGAGGAGAUGGGAAGCCAGCACGAAAAACUCCUAUUCCACACGGAAGUGCGCUGGUUAUCACGAGGGAGAGUCCUGGCUAGGCUCGUCGAGCUCCGGAAAGAAGUGACAGCCUUCCUGGACGAGGACGAUGAGUUCGCCACGAACUUGAAAGAUGAAACCUUCCUUCUGAGGCUCACCUACUUGUCUGAUAUGUUCACGAAACUCAAUAAUCUGAAUUUGUUUUUACAAGGAGCCUGUAAAGACAUUUUUGAUGUUCAUGACAAAAUAGCCGGUUUCAUGAAACGCCUCUCGCUGUGGGAGUCAAACGCCUGUGAUGGGAGUUUCGGAUGCUUUGAGGCAUUCCAAGCAUACGUUCUCGAAGCCGCAAUUAAGGUACCAUCCCGAGUUAAGAAUGAAACGAUUGAGCAUCUGCAGAAUUUGAGGAGCAGUUUCGAAACGUAUUUCGGGAACGAAAUGGAGGCAUGCAAGCAAAGGAAUUGGAUCGUUAAUCCAUUUGUCGAUGAGUUUGUGAGAACUGGUAUUUCAGCGGACGCGCUAGAGGAGCUUUUAGACCUCUCCACCAAUAGGACACUAGCUGCCAAAUUUAAAGAGAACGAACGGUUUUCGUUCUGGCUCUCGAUUCGAGACUCGCAUCCUAUCUUGUCAAAGGAGGCUCUGCGAUUUCUGUUACCUUUCACUUCAUCUUAUCUUUGUGAGACCGGGUUCUCAGCCAUGGUGGGUUUGAAAACCGAAACUCGGAACAGAUUGGUCCUAUCAGACUCACUGCGUCUCAAGGUUACUGCAUUAGAGAUCAAUGUCGAGGAAGUCAUACGGAAAUAUCAGAAACAAGCCCAUCCUUCUCAUGGGCAUCAGAUUGUACAAUAA